GCGCCCUUCCGCGCAUGUGCAGUACUGCUUAGAGCCCGCCAGCCACGGUCUCCGGCGCCAGCUACGCCGCUGCCGCUGUCACUAUGGCCCAUUACAAAGCCGCCGACUCGAAGCGCGAGCAGUUCCGGAGGUACUUGGAGAAGUCAGGAGUGCUGGACACGCUGACCAAGGUAUUGGUAGCCUUAUAUGAAGAACCAGAGAAACCUAAUAGUGCUUUGGAUUUUUUAAAGCAUCACUUAGGAGCUGCUACCCCAGAAAAUCCAGAAAUAGAGCUGCUUCGUCUAGAAUUGGCAGAAAUGAAAGAGAAAUAUGAAGCUAUUGUAGAAGAAAAUAAAAAACUGAAAGCAAAGCUUGCUCAGUAUGAACCACCUCAGGAGGAGAAGCGUGCUGAAUAGGAUUCUUCUCAGUUGAAAAGACACUGAAAAAUGUUUUGUAAGACUUGAAAUAGUUUGUAUAGUAUAUAAUCUUUUCUGAACAGAUGCUAUAGAACUUUUAUAUAUAUAUAUAUGUUAAAUUCACCUAUCACACUUUAACUGUUAUAAACACAUAUUCUUAUAAUCACCAAUAAAAACUCAAUAUAACCUUCUUUGGGUCUUAAAAGCAGGAGUAUCCAAAGUGAAUCCUGAAAAAAAUCUAAACACAGUCAUAAUUCAUUACCUUAAAAGACAUUCUGUUUACUAGUCUGGCUAGGAAUGAUGGUGCUGGUUGUAUUUUAGCUGAGGAAGGUUAGCAUGGAGCUGUUCCUUGGUUUAGUUCAGGGUAUGAGCACAGGCACAGUCAUUCUUUAAAACGAAGAUGACAUUGUUUCUAUUCUCCGUAGGCAGCGGGAGAGAUCUGUGUGCCAUGAGAUGCUUUGCAUGGGUUCUAAUGAAUCUUUUGCUCAUUUACAUAAUGCGGAAUAAAUAACUCCUCUUUGCCACCACUUUGCCUUAGGUAACUGUGUGUGCCAGUUUGAACUCUGACACCACGUUUUUCUUCUGUGCAUUCAUGCCCUAUUUGAUGAUGUUGCCUGCUUGCUACUUGCACAUGGGCUUUCCUGUGUUGAUUUUCAAUUUGCUAUAAUAGCAGUUACCCGGUUGUAACUUCUAUCACAUUAAACAGGAUCACACUGUUCCCCUGCCUUACUUAGUUGCUCAGUUGAGCACAGAACAGAGGGAAUAUAAAAUUCUGGGUUCAUUCACAAGCUGGGAUGAGAAGGAGAAUAAGCCAUAUAUAGAGGAAAAUUAUAGUUUGCUGGUAUAAUUAUAUAGUGCUUUUUUCUCAAAAUAUUUUUCUAGCCUUGAAUUCAUUUCAUCUUCAUCAUCCCUGUGAAGUAGGUAGGGCAAGUAUGAGGGGAGGUUGAGUGUUGAAUUUUUAGGCCAAAGACUGAUAUUAAUACAAAUUACUAACUGUUGAACCUUGGGCACAUCAGUUAACUGCUCUGAAAUUCACUCUCCACAUCUGUUAGUUGAGAAUAAUAAUAUCUGUGCUGCCUACCUCACAGGGUUGUUGUGAGGGUCAAAUGGAAUGUAUGAAAAAUUUGUAAAUGGUAAAGCACUAGAUUCUUGUUCA